AUGAGGGUGGUUUCUAGUCUCUUUCUUCUUGUCCUGCUGGCAGAGGUGUGGCUGGUGACCAGUUUCAAUCUCAGUUCCCAUUCACCAGAGGCUCCUGUUCACCUGGAGUCUCAGGAUUAUGAGAAUCAAACUUGGGAAGAGUACACAUGGACUGAUCCCAGGCAUGAGGAGGAGGAGGAGGAGGAGAAGGAGGAGGAGGAAGACUGGCUGAGGGCCAGCCAGAAGCUCUCCAAUGAGACUUCAAGCUUUGGGUUCAAUCUGCUUCGAAAGAUCUCCAUGAGGCACGACGGCAAUGUGAUCUUCUCACCUUUUGGCCUGUCUGUAGCCAUGGUGAACUUGAUGCUGGGGGCCAAGGGAGAGACCAAAGUCCAGGUAGAAAAUGGACUCAACCUACAGGCCCUGAGCCAGGCAGGACCCCUGAUCCUUCCGGCCCUCUUCAAGAGGGUCAAAGAGACCUUUUCCAGCAACCAGGAAUUAAGCCUCACCCAGGGAAGCUUUGCCUUCAUCCACAAGGACUUUGAUAUUAAAGAGACCUAUUUCAAUCUAUCCAAGAAGUAUUUUGAUACAGAGUAUGUGCCUACAAAUUUUCAAAAUUCCUCACAAGCCAGAGGCCUCAUAAACCACUACAUUGUUAAAGAGACUGAGGGGAAAAUCCCUAAGCUUUUUGAUGAGAUUAAUCCUGAAACAAAGUUAAUUCUGGUGGACUACAUCUUAUUCAAAGGGAAGUGGCUGACUCCAUUUGACCCCAUCUUCACUGAGGCUGACACUUUCCACCUGGACAAGUACAAGGCAGUUAAGGUGCCCAUGAUGUACCGGGAAGGGGACUUUGCCUCCACCUUUGAUAAGAAGUUCCGUUGUCACAUCCUCAAACUGCCCUACCAAGGAAACACCACCAUGCUAGUGGUCCUCAUGGAGAAAACAGGUGACCACUUGGCCCUGGAGGACUACUUGACCAUAGAUCUUGUGGAUACAUGGCUCCAGAAUAUGAAAACAAGGAAAAUGGAGGUCUUCUUUCCCAAGUUCAAGCUGAAUCAGAGGUAUGAGAUGCACGAGCUGCUCAAGCAGAUGGGAAUCAGGAGGCUCUUCUCCACCUCAGCUGACCUCAGUGAACUCUCAGCCGUGGCAGGAAACCUUCAGGUGUCCAAGGUCUUACAACAGUCGGUGCUUGAGGUGGAUGAAAGGGGAACUGAAGCAGUGUCAGGGACACUGUCAGAGAUUGUCGCUUACUCCAUGCCUCCCAUCAUCAAAGUGGACCGGCCUUUUCACUUCAUCAUCUAUGAGGAGAUGUCAAGGAUGCUCCUAUUUCUGGGCAGGGUGGUGAACCCGACAGUCUUGUGA